AUGAGGCUAGGGGAGCUAGUCCACAACAACCAGGGGAAAUUUUUUAAACUGUUGGUAAUUUCAAAGCUUUAUGAACAUGAAGCUGGUGGUUCUAGUAAAAAGGCUAUGGAAAUAGAAGAAACACUGAUGGCCAAGGCAGUCCCUGAGAGCAUCGGUCAGAGACCUGUGUGCAAGUAUAAUCUGAGAAAGAAGCCUGCUGUUGGGUGGAGAAGGAGAGCACCAGCAAAGAGUAGUGUGAAGAGACACAAAAGGUUUUCUUUCAGCAGUCAAUGGGAAAGUUUAGAGGGAGUGCAAGAUGUUGUACAAGAAGGAUGGAAUGUGCAGGUGGAUGGCUCUUAUAUGUUCCAAGUGCAUCAGAAAGUGAAGAGCACCAGAAUGGCUCUUCUUGCCUGGCACAAGCCACAACACAGGAAUAGUGAAAGAAUCAUUUCCACCACCACCGCAAAGUUGGAAGAGAUGAGAGCCGCUGUGGAGGUGAUGAGCUACUUCAAUAUAUUCCACACUCCACUUCAGAGGCCCUAA